CCUGUUGCUGUGGCUCUGCUGGCUGCUCCCUGUGCUGCGGCUGCUGCCCCAAGAUACGACAGUCCCUCACCACCCGCUUCAUGUAUGCACUCUACUUCAUCCUUGUUGGAGUCCUCUGUUGUGUCAUGAUGUCAAGAAACGUGGCCAAUGAGGUGAAAGAGCAUAUUCCUUUUUAUGAAGAUAUUUGUAAAGGCAUUAAGGCUGGUGACACCUGUGAGAGGCUGGUAGGGUACUCUGCCGUGUAUAAAGUCUGUUUUGGAAUGGCGUGCUUCUUCUUUAUCUUCUGCCUACUGACCCUUAAAAUCAAGAACAGCAAAAGUUGUCGAGCUUAUAUACACAAUGGCUUUUGGUUCUUUAAACUUCUGCUGCUGGGGGCCAUGUGCUCAGGAGCUUUCUUCAUUCCAGAUCAGGAGACCUUUCUGAACGCCUGGCGUUAUGUGGGAGCCAUAGGAAGCUUCAUCUUCAUAGGCAUCCAGCUCAUCCUGCUUGUGCAGUUUGCACAUAAAUGGAACAAGAACUGGACUGCAGGAACAGCGACUAACAAGCUAUGGUAUGCUGCACUGGCUCUAAUGACACUCAUCAUGUAUUCCUUGGCCACCGGAGGCUUGAUUUUGAUGGCAGUGUUCUAUACGCAGAGAGAAGGCUGCAUGGAAAACAAAAUUCUCCUAGGAGUGAACGGAGGACUAUGCCUGCUCAUUUCAUUGGUGGCCAUUUCACCCUGUGUCCAAAACCGACAGCCGCACUCUGGAUUACUGCAGUCUGGGCUCAUAAGCUGCUAUGUCAUGUAUCUCACUUUCUCAGCUAUGUCCAGCAAACCUGUAGAAUUCGUUCUGGAUGACCAUGGGAAGAAUGUUACAAUCUGUGUGCCUGACUUUGGUCAAGACUUGACCAGAGAUGAGAAUUUGGUUACUAUACUGGGUGCCACUCUCCUGCUUAUAUGUUUCUUAUAUUCAUGUUUGACAUCGACAACAAGAUCAAGUUCUAAUGCUCUGCAGGGACGAUAUGCAGCUCCUGAAUCAGAGGUAGCUCGGUGUUGUUUUUGCUUUGAUCCCAGUGGAGAGGAUGCUGAAGAGCAGCAGAAUGUGAAAGAAGGACCAUGGAUCAUUUAUGACGAGAAGAAAGGCACUGUCUAUAGCUACCCCUAUUUCCACUUCGUGUUCUUUUUGGCAACCCUUUAUGUGAUGAUGACUGUGACCAACUGGUUCAAUUACGAAAGUGCGAACAUUGAAACCUUCUUCAAUGAGAGCUGGUCCAUCUUCUGGGUCAAGAUGGCCUCCUGCUGGAUGUGUGUGCUGCUGUACCUGUGGACACUGGUCGCUCCCCUCUGCUGUCCCUCUCGGCAGUUCUAUGUGUGAAGAUCUGAGCAAACCC